AUGUCUAAGGAAACACCACUGUCAGUCGCAGAGCGGGAAUUCAUCCUCGAAGCCCUCCUCCAGAAUAUCCGUCUCGAUGGUCGCGAUGUUGAUACCUUUCGCCCUCUCUCCGUGACUUUCGGUGAAGAGUACGGACAUGUCAGAGUUAAGCUUGGACAGACAAGUUUGGUUGUGCGCAUCUCUGCCGAAGUAACGAAACCCCGCGAUGACCGCCAAUCUGAUGGCACCUUUUCAAUUGCAAUGGAGCUUACAUCUAUGGGAUCCCCCGCUUGGGAAAAUCUUCGGCAAAACGAAUUCGAGACUUACGUAUCGCGAGUGCUUGACCGUGUAAUCCGGCACUCGAAUGCCUUAGAUACGGAAUCUCUAUGUAUUUUAAAGGGCAAAAGUGCCUGGAAUAUACGAGCAGAUGUGCAUGUGAUCGACUUUGAUGGCAAUCUCAUUGACACGGCAUGCAUUGGCAUUAUGGCAGGCCUGCAACAUUUUCGACGUCCCGACAUUGAGGUCAAAGAAGGCCAGGUUACAGUUUUCGGCGUCGAUGAACGAGUCCCGGUACCUUUGAAUAUCACCCACAGGCCAUUGUCGAUCACGUUCCAGUCUUUUCAUGAGGGGAAGGUCCUCGUCCUGGAUGCCACCCGCAAAGAGGAACAGGCUUCGGAAGGAGACCUGAUCAUUGCCCUGAACAACUCGGGCGAGACAUGCGCAGUAUACAAAUCCGCCGGUAGUCCUGUCAGCGCAAUUGAGGUUGUGAAAAAGACGCAUUUCGCACUACGGAAAGUGCAAGAAAUCAACGGGAUCAUAAAUAAGGCGCUCGAAUCCGACCUGGCUCGGCGCGCAAAAGUGAAUCGUGCGGCAGAAGCCAACGCAGAAAAUGACCGUGAAGGAUAA